AUGCACUACAAUUCCUUUAAUUGCAAGCAGAACAUACUGGAGUAUUACACCUGCCAUGGUGGGGUGAACCAACUAGGCGGGGUGUUCGUGAACGGGCGCCCCCUUCCCGACCUGGUCCGGCAGCGGAUCGUCGAACUGGCCCAUAAUGGUAUCCGACCCUGUGACAUCUCACGUCAGCUGCGUGUCAGCCAUGGUUGUGUCUCGAAGAUCCUCUCCAGGUACUACGAGACAGGCAGCUUCAAGGCUGGUGUGAUCGGAGGUUCAAAACCAAAGGUGGCGACUCCUCCGGUUGUGGAAGCGAUCGCUGCCUAUAAGCUCCAGAACCCGACCAUGUUCGCAUGGGAGAUACGCGACAAGCUGUUGGCCGAUGGAAUCUGCGUGCACGACAACGUCCCGAGUGUGUCCUCCAUCAACCGCAUCGUGCGCAACAAGGCAGCGGAGAAGGCGAAGUACAGUACGCAACGAACGGACACCAGCAGUCUCGAUAGCCCGCGGAUCCUUUCGCGCAACAACCAGCAACAACAGCAAAGCCAACAGCAGGAGUGUCUCAAUCAGCAGCAGAUGCAAGCUGAUCAGGAAUCGAUGAAAUCACCCCAACAACAGCAGCAGCAGGUGGAGAACGUCGCCUCGCAGUCGUACAGCAUCAACGGACUGCUGGGGUUGUCGCAGAAAUCGCUCUCGGGCAGUAGUUCGAAGCGGCGUCGCAUCAAGGAAGACCCUGUAGACAUGAAGGGCAGUAUGUUGGGCUGCAUCAAGCGUGACAAAGAAGGCAAGGAUCUGUCAGAGAGCAUGUUGCACGAUAGUAUAGGCAAGGGUGGUCCAGGUCCCGAUCAACCACAACAGCAGGAUAAGGGCCACGACCUGUUCGUAGGAGGUGUUGACUUUGUCAGCUCACUUGCGAUGGCACAGGAUGACGGCAACAACCCAGACAGCCAGCAGACAGGCUUCGGCAGUAUGCGUCCAGGAGGUCCAAGGCCUAUGAGUGGUAGUCCAAUCCGAUCGCGAGAGAACGCCCUCUUCCUGCUAGCUAGUGGUGGAGGCGGUGACAAAACCCACAAGUACCAUCGAACAGACGAACCCAUGCCGACAGGAGUGAUCAUUGAGGAUGAUAGCAGCGCCCGAAAGCAUCAGCAACAGCAACAAGCCCACCAAUCGAGUGAUGUGAAGACGGCAUAUGACAAGCUGUUGGCUGGUGAGCUGGUUCCGGGAGCUGUGAAACGCACUGCCACCGAACCGACCACCUUAACGCAGUCGAUCGAGUUCCUGAGCGAUAUGAACAACAACAUCUCUCAGAAUCAACACCAAGGGUUCGCUGGUGGUGGUGGAGGUGGCGGUGGUGGUGGUGCGGGUGCGUACGAGGGUGCGUAUGGAGCUGCGGAUACAGCGGAUGCCACUGCCGUCCAGUUGAACCCACACCUAGCCGCCUGUUCGUCCAACUACUCCGCAUUCCUGCAGAACACGGAUCAGUUCGCGGCUGCUGCGAGUCCGGCUGAGCUCAUCUUCCCAACAGCUGCCUAUACGCAGUAUGCCGCCGCACCUGGGUAUGGUACGUUCAACUACAACUCAUCGUUCGCCAACAACAACCUGUGCCGGGAUCUUGGCCAGAUCCAUUACCCCGAGGAGCAGUAGAAGAUGGCGACGGAUUUCGGGGCAGAUGGCAACAAACCAUCCCCCCACACGUACACAGAUCACGCUCUCCUGCGAAAGCAAACCCACACACCCACACAUGCAUUCCAUGCUCCUGUCACACAUACUCACACGCUGACACAAACUAUAUCUCUGACCUCCAGUGAGAGCGCGCGAGGACGCGUUUCGCAUUUACGAUAGAUGAAGUACAUUUACCGCCAGCGCGGGCGGAAAAAUGGCGACAGUGGGCGGCGUAGGGGGGAGGCUAGGGUGAAGGGCGGCACUCGGUUGCAUUUCUCGCCGCCCGUCCCCCAUCCCCACCGACCGGCCACCCUGCUAGAAAAGGGAUAUUUUCGAAAGCUACGUUUUUUUGUCUCUGAAAUUUAUUAAAAUAAAGGCAAAUGCUGCACCUAAACCAGA